AUGGCACUGAAAUCCUCUCGACAUGGAAAUAGUACGGAGUGUCACUAUUGGGGAUACUCCUUUCUAUGGACUGACCUACAUCGCUCGGAAAAUGAACUCAGACCCAUGGUUCAUACCUAUGAUAAACUCGCUGAUGAGUGUGUGGAACGACUGAAUAAACUUCCCUCUAAUGGAGAGUCCGACAAGCUUUUUCAUAAGGACCUUUAUACAUUGCUGAAAGAUCAUGCGCAUGAAGAUCCGAAGUUGCAGGAGUUAUGGACACAGGUGAAUACGGUUCCUGAAUGGGUAGACUGGGAGCAGAUUCAGCGAGGCCAGGACACGUUUUUCCGCUAUGGGCUUCCCAUUUUGAAUGUGUUGAGUUUUGAAAGUUUGCUUGGUGGAAUGGGCGCAAUCCGGGUGGUAGAAACUCUUUCGCGAACAGGUGGCUUCGGAGCUAAAGUAGUACGUCGUCGAUUACUCGAAACACUUCAGCAUAUUCUACAAGUGAAUAGUUCAGCAGAGGGAAUGAAGCCCGGUGGUGAAGGAAACAUCUCAUCCGUCCGAGUUCGACUCCUCCACUCAUCCGUUCGUCUGAGGAUCCUCAAUCUCGUCGAGCAACAGCCAGAUUACUAUGAUAUCGCCAGAUAUGGACCCCCCAACUGUAUUGGGACGAUCAAUACCUUCUGCAGCUCGGUAGUUUGGAUGGGUCUUCCGCGACAAGGUAUCUUCUUGAGCGAGAGAGAGAUCGACGAUUACAUUGCACUGUGGAGACUCGUGGCAUGGUAUAUGGGUACACCAACAGAACCAUUCGAGAAUUCAAAGGACGCUCGAGCGAUGAUGGAAUCUCUACUAAUAUCGGAGAUUGAUCCUACUGAGACUGGGAAGGUGCUGGCGAAGAAUAUCAUUAUCGGACUUGAGAAUACCGCGCCGGCUUAUGCUUCGAAGGAAUUCAUGGAAGCCAUGAGCAGACUAUUGAAUGGAGAUCAACUUUCGGAUGAGUUGGAGAUUCCUCGGUCGAGUCUUUAUUAUCAAAUGCUUAUAUGGGGAUAUUGCUUCUGGGUUUCUGGAGUCUCGUAUAUUAUUCCGCGAAUUUACUUCAUGGAUAGAUUGAUGAUCUCGCUGCGCCGAAAGUACUUCUACAAAAUGAUCCUGGAUGAGAAGAUCGGUCUGGGUCGUGAGUCUCGAUUUGAUUUCAAGUAUGUCCCGACGUUGACACGGACCACACGUCUCGGUCAACGACGUACGACCAAGUUCGAAAGACCUGGAGUUGAAACUCUUGCACGACUAGGUCUUCUUGCAGCUCUGAGUGCAGUGCUUACACUUGGGAUGGGGCUGAUAUUCGCUGUCCAAGUGAUGCCACCAAAUCAGCUGCUUAAUGCGAUAAGGGGUUGA